AGAAUGACCUGGGAAAGCUCGGAUCUGGACAUUCCCCUCUAUAUACAUAUAACUUGUAAGGGGAAAAAAAAGCGUUAAAGAAUUAUACUCGGCAUGGGCAGGGCUUUUCUAAGAUACGCGAAAAAGAAACGGAAGUUGGUUCUCAACGGUCUUCUUCCCCGUAGUUUGGAGGGAAUGCCAAACAAUAACUGUUUAACGUAUGUGAUGCCGUGUUAGGAGUGAAAGGAAGAACCACACCUCGAACUGGGUUAAGCAGGGGCAGUAUGAUUGCUAGGGGUAGCCAAUAUUUCUAGGAUACAUUUGGUGAUUUAUAAAUUUGAUUAAUGUAGCAUAGCUUGGGUUUUCUAAGCAUAUUUCUUUUUACAUAAUAUGCUUUGUUGUACAGUUUUACACAACAUUCAGAGCUUGUUUCUUUUCGUUUCGUCCCAUAAGACGGAAGCGUGGCUCGGAAGGCAGCAACAUGGUGCUCGCUUGUUGGCUUUGCCUCUAAACAACGGAACGAUCGAAGAACGCAGUAAGAAACAAAAACUCGGGCCACUUCGCAGAAAGCUAAAUCGUCGAUUUGGCUUUGAAACAGACAACAUUCCUUAUGACUGCAUAAGAAAGCCAGUUGUUGGGCCAGAUCAUACACCGUUUUACUAUCAGGUAACACCGUCUGCCCAAUCGCGUGAUUCUUUCACAGAGGACACUCCUGCUCAUGAUUCUGUGAGCCGUCGGAUUUACAGAAGUGAGUCCUUCUUACGGUCCUUGGACAAAGCGUGCGGCCCGCUAUACAAGGAUAUCAACUAUGCUGUCGUGAAUAUGUCUCAGUUGUCAUGUGAUCCUAAGGAACUUGACGACAUGCUUCUAAAAACGCCCGUAAAAAGUGAUAUUCCUUUUCGUCGGAUGCCAAGCCGAAUGUAUUAUGAUUCCAUCGGCACAUUCCCCAGGCAAGGACAAAAUGAUCAUCAGUAUAAGGGCCUAGGCCUUAUAAAUUCACCCACGACCAGCAGUGACCAGUCUGUGAAUCAUCUAGUUAAAGUCAGCCAUCAUGGUGAAACAAGUAUACCUCAAAACAACGGUAUCACAAGUGGGCAAUGCGCCCCACUGCCAGGGACUCCAGCUAGAUCUCAACAGAACCUUACCUUACCCAAUGCGGGGCAUCGGACAGUUAUAUGUACUGACUGUGGAGAGUGUCUCCCUGAAAGAACAUUGUCAAAAUAUACAUUUCCUCGCCGAACAUCACCCCCACAGAAACAGCUCCAUUUAGGCCCAAUCGCUAGUACUCAGGAAACCAAAUCUUUAGGAAUUCAGCAAACCAGACUCUCCACCCCACGGCACAUUACCCAUGAUUUUCCAGAUAAACUUCCAAAUACAAGCACGCCUAAGAAAAGUGCCUUGGUAAGAAGUAACAGUCGAACCUGCACAGGAGGAAGUCCUUCUAAAGCUGUUCACUUCUCCCCCUCUAGUGAAGCCUUUGCAAUAAAUGAAGACACUCCCUUAAGGAAGAGUCACGAUAUUACCAACAGACAUAGUGCACUGGCUAGAAACCUCUUUCCAGAUAUGAUAAAAAUCCCUCCACCACCGGCAUCACAUCUUGGACUCCCUUCUGUUGAUGUCGAAUCACUUCGUAGCCAUUAUAGUACAAAUGGACAAACUUCUAUAUGCUCCAAGUUCAAUUCAGACAAGCCUGUGCACAACGAAGAGUCCUCUCAGCUUUCAAAUAGCAAAAAUUAUUGUGAAAUCCAAAUAAAAAAUAACGACAACUCGGACACCCACGUUCCUAAUAAUCUGAACAAAAGUACCAGUAACGACGUGUCUUGUAGCUACAGUGAAGAACUUAUUAACGCAUUUUCUCAAAAAGAUCUAAAUCUGGUUGGUCCACGAAGCAGAAGUGGAUUUGUCGAGAGAACUCAGCAGCCAGCGAACUGUGAAAUUUCAAGCAUGAAGACCACUAGGGAAGGAACUUCCGAUGGAAGAACGACUGAAAAUCUUGAAAAAUCUGCGAAGGAAAUAAAUAAUAAUCUACUCGUACUGGAAGUUGAAUCCGCAAUUGAAGAAAAACAUAAAGCGACAUAUAACGACCAUAUUCAACUUGCAAAUAACUUUCAAGUUCGUAAAGAUUCUGAUGAAGAGGAACCGUGGGUAUUUCGAGAUCCAGGAAUUCUUCCAGAGAACAGUUUACUGCGGCAUCACCUUUCUUCUUGUAUAGAAAGUUUAGAGCUCACUGAUAUCACUAGUGUACAGCGAUGGUUGCAGGACAUCCGAGUGCUAACGGAAACUGAGUGUUUGAGUACUCUUCAAAGUAAAUGUCUAACAAGCGAUCCUGAACUGUUGGCAGCGUUAGCUGUUUGUAACGCUCUAGAUACUAUCGCGACUCUGAAAGACAGAAGUGCCAUAAUAACGGGAGACUUCGCAUACAUUCUGAAAAAAGCUGACAGGAACCAGUGGGAGAAGUUCAGUCCCAGCGCAUGUCAGUUGAGUGCUGACCUUCGUGAUUUACAUCAUGACUAUAACAUCUCUCUGCCAAAUAUGGAACCAGAUCUCCUUAAGGCUUGUAAUCAACUACAAGAGGCUUGUAAUCAACUUGAGAGUCACAGCAACAGUGACUUCGAAAAAGACGAGAAAGACCUUAAAAAAGAAAUCUUUGGAUGUCUGAAAAAUAUUGGAGAAUGUUUCCAACGACUGACAGACAGACUUUACUUGCAACAGUUAGUGGUGAUUGUAGAGGGUGUUGAAGAAAGCAAGAACAGUUUUUGUGUGAAGAGAUCAAUAGCAGCUAUCAACAGUUUAGGUCAAACUGGAGAACAUAUGUGUGAGCUAAUCGCCAAGGCUGGUGGUAUUCGAGCUUUAUUAGCGCUUUGUGUGGAACGAAAGUGGAGACAUCUACAGGCAACAAUUCUUCGUGCCCUGACUAUAGUAUGUUCUGUUCCUUCUGCUGUCCAACAAUUAGAAGAGGCUAGCGGGAUGGAUAUCAUUACUGACAUCCUCUGCGAAGAUUCUUCAAGUAUUCAACUUCGAAGCGAAGCAGCAGGACUGGUUGCUCAGAUUACCGCCCCCUGGAUGGACAGCAGUGGCGCUACUUUACGUGGACUAGCUGAAAAUACAGAGAAACUUGUGCAUUCUUUAACAGAUUUAGCCUCCUCUGCAAAGACUAGCGAAGUAUUUCUGCUAGCUACUGCAGCACUUGCAAACUUGUCUUUUCUUGACACGUCGACAUGCGAUUGGUUAAGAAAGUAUCAUUCAGCGCGAGUCCUUGUUUCAGCUUGUCGUCAUGGCGACGUGUGUGAUUCAGUCUUCGUUAAAGAUCAAGUUGCAACAGUGAUGGCUAAUAUGGCGGCAUCUAGUAACAGUCGUGAAGAAGUAGUCAACAGUGGUGCUGUUGUAUUACUUCUUUGUUUCCUCCAAGCUCGAUCAUCCAAAUUUCACAGCCAGGCUGAGAUAGCAGCUUGUGAACGGGUACAGCAGAAAUCUGCUAUAGCUCUUUCUCGCCUAUGUACAGACAAUGAAACUUCUGCUAAAGUUAUCCAGAUGCAAGGAGUUCAACGCCUGGUUCGUCUUUGUAAAGAUGAAAAGGAAAGGAAUCAUAGUGACUCAGUUUUGGUUGCCUGCUUGGCAGCUCUGAAAAAAAUCGCCACAGCCUGUGGAACAGAAGAGUUCGUCAAAUUAGAAGCAACAGAACUUGUUAAAGAAAAACUAUGGGACUCAUUUCAGAAAUAUUCUUCCAAACAUGAGAGUUUCGUCUAACCGUCAGAUAUUCAUAUUCCACAUUUGAUUUGUUAAGAGGAAAGCAGCAGAACAAGAUGAAGAACAUAUAUCGGAAUUAUUCCAAACAUACUUCUUCAAAUAAAACACAUUUUUUUUAGACAAUCAGUUUUGAUAUUCAUAUUCCAAGAGAAUUUUCCAGCUAAAGCAAGACAUAUUUUUCGAAGAAAAUGUGAAAAUAAUCACAGAGUUACUUAUUAAAGAAGAAAAUGUGGAGAUAAUCACAGAGUUACUUAUUAAAGAAGAAAAUGUGUAGAUAAUCACAGAGUUACUUAUUAAAGAAGAAAAUGUGGAGAUAAUCACAGAGUUACUUAUUAAAGAGGAAAAUGUGAAAAUAAUCACAGAGUUACUUAUUAAAGAAGAAAUUUUGUUUUGAUAUUUCUAUUUCAAAAUAGUUUGUCUAUCUAUGAAGAACGGGUCCUUUUGAAGAAAAAUUACGUGAUACAUUCUGAGCUAGCUUCAGACAUGACUUUUUUCCUUAGAUCAACAGUUGUGAAAGUCAUAAAUUCCUUACGUCAUUUAGUGUUCUAAACCAUUGAAACGUUAUGUCACAGUUAAAAAGCGUUAUUGUUUCGAAGUCGUUUAUCACCUAAACAUGUUAAUAAAAUAUUACGCAGUAACAGCGUUUUGUAAGUAUUUCCUUUAAUCAGUGACAAAAUGCUGAAGUUGCACUUUUACAUUUUGGUUAUAUGGUUGUUAAGAUAAAAAGUGUAUUUUAAACGUAACAGUUAGUGAAAUACUUUAAUUAUUUUUAUGGAAUAUGAUUCACACUAUGAGCAUCUUUUGUAGUUUGAAGAUGAGCAUAAUUUUUAAUUAGUCAUGUAUAUAUAUAUAUAUAGAAUAAAUUAUUGUUUUUGAAUAUAUUAAUAUUCACCAAAGUACUUUUAUCAGUUUUAUUCAAACUUAUGAUGCUAGUGUUUACGAAUCUCCCAGCUAUCUGAAUUCGACUGUCAAUAAUUCCCAUUAUGCUCACGAUUAAUAAUAUGGUAAAAAAUGAAAUUACCACUCGUUUCGAUUCCACGACAAAAGCCUUGUUUCAGCUAUCUUCUUUACAUUCCAACUAUGGUCAUUAAGUGUAUUAUUCUGUACGUCACGUGUAUUCUGUUCAUUGGAUGCAUAGUUUGUAUUCAUUGUGUGUAUUAGUUGUGUUAUUUUAAAGUAGUUGUUGGGUAAUUGCGUGUAUUACUUCUGUUCAUUAGGUGUAAUACAUUACCCAUGUGUAUUAGUCCUUCCUAUUCAUUACGGUGAAACAUUGCAAUGACAGAUUCUAAAGUCAUGCACUUUUCUUUGUUAGUUAUGUAUGAAUAACCUCUUUCUUCGUGUGUCUGCCUUGAGUAUGGGUGCAAGGCAAGUUAGACUGCAGGAAGUGGAAGUUUGAUAAGUUGACGACUGUCUGUCUUGAUAUAGGCAAGAUUUUGAGACUAGUCAUUUCGUUGUUAACGGAUCGUUUAUUUUUAGAGAAUAAGCAAGAUUAAAUUGAUUUUCAAUAAUACGAAUGUAAACAUAUCUAUAAUCGAAUUUGGUGUUAGCAAUUUUUCUUUAUAUCCUAUUACAAAAAGAAACUAAUUUUGAAAUGGCUUAAGUUUAUUAAACUUUUUGUUAGCUUACUUUUAAUUUUGCAAGAAGCAGAUAAAAACAGUGAGUAUAUUGUUUAUUUUUCUUAACGUUUUAAAUGUACGUCUUCACGAACUUAAAGAGCUUAUGGAAAGUUGUAAUUUAUACCAUGAUAUUAGCUAUGUACUUUUACAAUUACGUUCUUGUAUUUUGGUUUAGAAGAACCGGUAGAGAACUAUUGGUAAUCUCUAAAGAUAAACAAUACAUUUAUUUUUAUGUAUAACUGUACAGAAUUCUACAGUAUUGAAUUUUUUCAUAUUAAAA